UAUAAUUACAUUUAUAUGAAUUGUGUUUGGUCACCCAAGAAGGACCAGGCUUAUCAUGGAAACUUUUUGGGAAAGCAUCUGUGGGACACCCAUGGUGCACAAACAGACAGACUGUCCACACCUGGAGUUCCAACCCCAGAUAUGAGGCUUCAUUCCUGGAAAUGGACUCACCGUCUCCUGCCUCUCCUGGUGCUCUUCUCGGUUCUACUGUCCCACACUACAGCAGAGCAGCACUCAGACAGAAAGAGAUACUACUAUAUUGCUGCUGUGAACAUAGACUGGGACUACACAGCUAAUGGACCACACAGGUCUGGCCCCUCCUAUAGGAAAGUGGUGUACAGGGAGUAUGACAAGGGAUUCAAGCAGGCCAAGACCCAUCCUUCCUGGCUAGGGCUCCUUGGGCCCACCAUCCGUGGUCAAGAGGGAGAGACCAUUGUGGUCAUGUUCAAGAACAUGGCGGAUUGCCCUUACACCCUCCAUGCCCACGGGAUCGCUUACGGGAAGCAGUCAGAGGGCUCCCUGUACUUUGACAACACGUCUCAAUUUGAGAAGGAAGAUGAUGCGGUGCCCCCUGGAGGUGAACACACAUACUACUGGGAGGUGACAUCAGACGUUGUCCCCCGGGCCGCAGACCCCUCCUGUCUCACCUACACCUACCUCUCCCACUUUGACAUUGUCAAGGACUACAACUCAGGACUGAUCGGCACCCUGCUCAUCUGUAAAGCAGGUAGUCUUGACGUGUCUGGAGAACAGGUGUUGUUCCACCAGGAAUACGUCUUCCUCAUGGGAGUGUUGGAUGAGAGUAAGAGCUGGUAUAAGCCAAAGAUGGACAGUCCCACUGCCACUCAAAGCCACAUCAAACACACAAUCAAUGGAUACACCAACGGAUCAGUGCCAGGUCUGACUGUCUGCGCCCACACCUCUGUCAGCCUGCACCUGGUGGGCAUGAGUUCAGAGCCUGAGCUGUUCUCGGUGCACAUCAACGGGCAGGUCCUGCAGCAGGCUGACCAUCGGGUCUCCUCUGUGGGCCUGAUCGCUGGCACUGCCACCAGCGCCAACAUGACCGCCGUCAACACGGGCCGCUGGCUCCUCUCCUCACACACCAGCAAGCACCUGGAGGCUGGUAUGCAUGGCUUUGUAGAAGUGAGGAGCUGCGAGGGCUUUAACCCUCCCAAACGUAAGCUGACCAUCAAGCAGAAACGAGAGAGCCAGGAGUGGACCUAUUAUAUCGCAGCUGAGGAGGUUGUCUGGGACUACGCACCAAACAUGCCAGAAUACAUUGACAGUGACUUCAAGUUCAAGUAUCUGAAGCGAAGUCCAGAGCGUAUAGGCCAGAAGUAUAAGAAGGCAGUGUACACGCAGUACAAAGAUGCCAAGUUCACUGAGAUGGCCGAAAACAAACAGAGGAAGAUGGAGGUGGGCAUCGUUGGCCCUGUCAUCAGGGCGCAGAUCCAUGAUGUCAUCAAGAUUGUCUUUAAGAACAUGGCCACACGGCCGUACAGCAUCUACCCACACGGACUGACCAUCGACAAAGUAGCAGAGGGGGCCAACUACCCAGCAGGAGGUAACCAGACCCAUGGGGUUCAGCCUGGCGAGACACAUACCUAUGUGUGGCAGGUGAUCGAAGAGGAUGAACCUUUGGCAGGCGACUCGCAAUGCCUGACACGUAUGUACCACAGUGCAGUGAACACACCCCGAGACAUCGCCUCAGGCCUAGUUGGGCCUCUGCUCAUCUGCAAGAGCCAGUCCCUCAACAAGCGGAAUGUGCAGCUGAAAUCAGACAAAGAACAGCACGCCAUGUUUACUGUUUUUGAUGAGAAUAAGAGCUGGUAUCUAGACGACAACAUUGCAUCGUACAGUGAACCAGCAAAGGUCAAGAAAGAAGACCCAGAGUUUUAUAAAUCAAACGUUAUGCAUACGAUUAACGGUUACGUGUUUGAGAGUGGUCAGCUGCUGGGCUUCUGCAAUGGUGAGAUUGUGACGUGGCACGUGUCCAGUGUUGGAGAGCAGGACUACAUCCAGACUGCAACCUUCUACGGUCACACUUUCGACUUGAACGAUCAGACUGAGGACUUCCUCAGCCUGUUCCCCAUGACUGGAGAGACCAUCACCAUGAACAUGGAUAACAUUGGUGUUUGGCUGCUGGCUUCCAUGAACUCCCAUGAGACCACCAAGGGAAUGCGUGUGAAGUUCAGAGACGUGGAGUGCUUCCGAGACUACAUCUAUGAGUACGAGACAAUGACGGAGACAGAGAUGGAUCCGAAGGUCAGCGCUAACUUCUCCAUCUGGAAACCCAUGGAUAUUAACGAGGCGAAAGAUAAGGAGAAGAAGGAUGAGGUGAAAGAGAAAAAGAAUACGGUGGAGACUGAUGAUUAUACAGCAGGCUGGGCUGAUUUUCUGUAUCUUAGGUCAAUCAAGAAAAAGACGAAUGAGACGGACGUGGAGAUGUUGGAUCUCUCUAUGUACGACUACGAUAGCGUUGAUGUGCCUGAUCCCGACGGAGACGCGAAUGCAAACCACACCUCAUCCUCUUAUGAUGCACCUACAAACACGUCAUUGGUCGAGAGGGAGACGAUUGACGGAGGCAACUUUACGACAAAGGCUUUGUUGAACAAGAGCAUAAUUGAGAAUGUAACAGAAGCGCUGAACUUUACUACAGAUCAGUUAGACUCAAAUCUUAACAGCUCCUCAAUGGCUGAGACUGAAUCAAAGAACAUAACAGUUAAUAACAACAGUUUAUCAUUUGUAGACAGCAACAUCACUUCAGUAAGUACCAAUAGUACAGAAGUUACAGCAACCAAAGCCUCACCAGGUCCGUUCAACAAUAGCUCAAAGGCUGAGAGUGAGAGAGUGAUGCAGAUCAGAGGUGAUUGGGCCACUGUGAAUAGCACCUCAAAAGUUGAAGCAUUAGUGGAAGAGUUGGAGGGAAGGAUUACUCGAGGCGAUGUCUUCUCUUACUCUGUGCCUCUUCCCGACCCCUCUUCCAACACUACAGAAGAGAACAAGGGGAUUGGCGCCAACGAUAUUGUACUCCUGGGCAGAGAGUCUACAACUGCUUCAUCCAAUGAAAACGGUACAGCUUCAAAUUCAUCUCAGAAUAUAACCAACCAAUCAGAGAGUGUGGUGAGUGCUGAAGUUGCAGAGUUAAUUUUUACCUUGGUGGAAGAACACAACAUGACCAACUUUGACCUUGAAACUGAGGAUAGUGGUAACAUAACCGUGAACGGUUCAUUGGACACCAACACCACCACUGAGCAAGGAAAUGGUACUUAUUUCUCUGACGCCACGUCCACACCUGGCAACUUCAGCAGUGUGGUGCCACAAAAUGGCAAACAACCAUCAGACAUUGAAACAUUCUCUGACAUAGUGCCAAAACAAAAUGGCACAGCAAACACUUCUGGUUUGAACCACUGGAAUUCAUCAGAGGAGACUAGUUCUGAGAGUAAAAAGAACACCGCUGUGCCGGAUGCUGUUGUAGAGUUGUCCUCAGAAAGCUCAGAAUUCUCUAAUGAGACUACUGACGCUAAUCCUGCUGCGGCAAAUCUGUCACUGUCAACCAAUCAGCAGCCAGACAGCAGCUCGGAGGACAUUCUAUCCCAGAGUUCCGAGAGCUCUAAGGAGGAAGUGGUAAUCUACCUGAGAAACAACAGGAGUGAGGUCAUCCGCACCAUCUCCGUUGACCUGCAGGGGGAGCACUGGGGCUAUGAGGGGACACACGAGAUGGUCCCAAUGGAGAUGCCAGAUCACAUGACGAAAUAUAUUGGAAACGAGCUCCCAGAGCCGCCAAAUACGCUGGAACCAAGCCCAACUCCGGAAAUGCGGAAACCCAACAUCAAGGUCGUCCACCGCAGACAAAGACCCCGUAAAGGCUAUGCCAUGAAAACCAAGAAGAAGAAGGAGUACAAGCCCCAGCCUCCGAGAGGCCGCAGUUUCUCCCCCAGGGGUUUCAAACCCCCUCCUAUCACCGGUCAAACCCCCAGAGGGACCCGACCCAUUUCCAGCGAGGAGGACUUCUCAAACAAAGCCAUUGUGAUUGGCGUGCCACGACCUGACUUCAGCGACUAUGAUAUUUAUGUCCAGAGUGAGGGCGGUGAUGACCCGGAUGCUGUCCUAGACAUGGCAGCGGUUAGUGCUGCAGAGGAGUAUGAGUACGUCGACUACAUUGACCCAUACAAAGAGAAGGAGGACAUGCAUGACCUAACUCUGGAUGAGAAUGCAAAAUAUUUCCUCAAAAUGGCGGGAGAUAACGUGAGGACAUACUUUAUUACUGCGGAGGAGGUGCAGUGGGACUACGGGGGCUAUGGACAGAAGAGGAUGGAUAAGGCACAGAAAACCGACAGUCUGUCCACAAGAUUCUCCAAGGUAGUGUUCCGAGGUUACCUGGACAGCACAUUCAGCACGCCAGACAUCCGGGGGGAGAUGGACGAACACCUGGGCAUCCUGGGGCCAGUCAUCAAGGCAGAGGUUGGACAGACCAUAAUGGUAUUUUUCAGGAACCUGGCUAGCCGCCCGUACUCCUUGCACGCCAAUGGGGUUUCCUACACCAAGCAGACAGAGGGGUUGUCCUACGAGGACGAGUCCAAGUACUGGUACAAGUAUGACAACGAGGUCCAGCCCAACACCACAUACACAUACCUCUGGAAGGUCAACGCCAAUGUCGGACCCACCGGAGACGACUCUGACUGUCGCACCUGGGCCUACUACUCUGGGGUUAACCCUGAGAAAGAUAUAAACUCUGGUCUGAUUGGGCCAUUGCUGGUGUGUCGUAAGGGCACUCUGAGCACGAAGGCAGUGGACAUGAGGGAGUUCAUGCUCCUCUUCAUGACCUUCGAUGAGUCCAAGAGCUGGUACUACGAGAAGAACCAUGAGAUAAUGGAGAGGAAGAACAAACGAGCCAGGGUGAUGGACCAUGACUUCAGCGAUAACCUCAAGUUCAGCGCCAUCAACGGAAUCAUAUUCAGUCUGAAGGGUCUGAGGAUGUACACUAACCAGACGGUCCGCUGGCACCUCUUCAACAUGGGAUCUCCCAGAGACCUCCACAGUGUUCACUUCCACGGCCAGACCUUCAUCCACAAACAGACCAGGGACCACACCCAGGCUGUCUACCCACUGCUGCCUGGGGGCUUUGCAACUCUGGAGAUGUUGCCAUCCAAGCCGGGGCUGUGGCAGCUGGAGUCAGAGGUUGGACUCUCCCAACAGAGAGGGAUGCAGACCCUCUUCCUGGUUCUAGAUAAUAAGUGUUACCAUCCACUGGGUCUGAUUUCUGGGAGCGUCAAAGACAACCAGAUCACAGCGAACGACAAAAGAGGCUACUGGGAGCCCCAUCUGGCCAGACUGAACAACCAAGGCAAAUACAAUGCAUGGAGUACAGACAAGACAGGCAGCUGGAUACAGGUAGACUUUCAGAGGCCCGUGGUGAUCAGUCAGGUAGCGACACAGGGCGCCAAGCAGAUGUUCUCCUCCCACUACAUGGUCAACUACACCAUAUCCUACAGCACGGACAAGAAGAAGUGGAUCUACUACAAGGGAGACAGCAACGAGUUCAGGAUGACGUUCACUGGUAACCAGGAACCUCAUCAGGUGAAGGUCAACACCCUCUUCCCUCCCCUGAUUUGUCGGUUUAUCAGACUUCACCCUCUCCACUCCCACAACUCGCCCAUGGUCCGCAUGGAGUACUACGGCUGUGAGCUGGACGGUUGUUCAGUGCCUCUGGGUAUGGAGAGCAGUCGGAUAGAGGACCAUCGUAUCACUGCCAGCUCUACAGCCUCCAGCUGGUACUCUGGUUCCUGGCAAGCCUCACUGGCACGACUCAACACACAGGGCACCAUCAACGCUUGGCAGGCCAAGAAUAACAACGUGAACCAGUGGCUGCAGGUGGAGCUGGCCCAGGUAAAGAAGAUCACAGGUAUCAUAACGCAGGGGGCCAAGUCCCUGGGCACGGAGAUGUACGUCAUCUGCUACACUCUGGAGUACAGCGAUGAUGGACUACACUGGAUGAAGUACACUGACGAUGAUGACAACAUGUCAAAGACUUUCCCCGGCAACACGGAUAACAAUGGCCAUGUGAAGAACUACAUCUAUCCUCCAAUCUUCUCUCGCUUUAUCAGAGUCAUCCCUCAGAGCUGGAAGACCUCCAUCACGCUCAGGAUAGAACUGCUGGGCUGUGAUUUUGAAUGAUGGACACACACACAUCCAAGAUGCAAGAAUCACAUUUCUACUUUAAGAUCUUCACGCACAUCCAAACGUCAGGUGCGUGCAGUAACCCAAACCGUCCCAUAAAUGACGAACUGAUGUCAAAGGGAAAUUUGAGGGAAAUUCGAGGGAAGUAUGAGUAAUGUGCACGUUUCUCAGAUUGGGAUUCAGCUCUUAGCUCAUAUAGGAUACAGACAAUAAUACUGCUUUAUACAUAAGAAAGUAGCCUAAAGCUUAGCAGAUAGUAAAAUACAUAUUGCUGUAUGUCGUCUUUAUACUUUGUAUGUUGUAUCAUAAUUGAACAUGAAUGUAAUGUAAAUAAUGUAAGUAGUACUCAGAGUAUUUAGUUAGUUUUGUCAAUAAAAAAUCUAUUGUUGCUCAUA